AUGAGGUGUCGCCGGAGUUGGCCCUCGGCUAGUCUGGGUUAUAGAUGGUUGGAGUUGGAGGAGGUCUCGGCCGCUGGUGGGGCUGAUGGAUGCUGGUGCUCCAGGCAGGGGGUUCUGUGGGGUGUUGGCGGCGUGAAAGCAGACGGGGUCUCGCCGGAGAUUGCCCUGUUGGGAGGAGGAGCUCACAUUUUCAAGAUCAACCUUUGUUCCAAACUUCCUAGUACUAGUCAGAGUGCCUCAAACUUGAAGACGCCAUCCAGUUUACUCCCAUCAUUUGAGAAAUUAGAUCUAAAAUAUGGGUAUUUUAGCUCCGAUGAUUUGAAUGAAUCGACCACUGAUUAUGGCAACAUAACCCAUAACCUCCCAUGGAGAAUUCUACAUCAAGCAUCAGUUGAAGACAUUUCCAUUCUAAUACAGUUUAUUUUUGGACUAGCUACAACAAGGCUAUCAGAUAUGACAGUUGCUGCAAGCGGCAAUCGUCAUUGCACUCAUGGUCAAGCACAAGCCCUUAAUGGAGUGGUUAUUGAAAUGCAAUCACUACGAGGACAAAAAAUGCAAGUUAACAUUGGGGAUCAACCCUAUGUUGAUGUCUCGGGUGGAGAGCUAUGGAUAAAUGUUCUAAAUGAAACUCUUAAUCAUGGGCUCUCACCAAAAUCUUGGACAGAUUACCUUUAUCUCACUGUUGGGGGCACUUUAUCAAAUGCUGGAUUAAGUGGGCAGGCAUUUAAAUAUGGACCCCAAAUUGAAAAUGUCUACCAACUUGAAGUUGUUACAGGAAAGGGAGAUGUAGUCAAUUGUUCAGCAAAAGAGAAUGCAGAUCUCUUUUAUGCCGUGCUUGGAGGACUUGGACAAUUUGGCAUUAUUACCCAAGCUAGAAUCGCUCUUGCACCAGCACCGGAAAAGGUGAAAGUGGUUGAGGCUAUCUACUCAAAUUUUUCCAUGUUUUCCAAAGACCAAGUAGAUUUGAUAUCUCGUAAUGACACAUUCGACUAUAUUGAGGGAUUUGCUAUGGUAAACAUAACUACUAAAACAACCAGAUAUCGCUUAGAAGUCGCCAAAUAUUUCAACCCAGAUCAAAGAAAUGCUACCGAUCAGAAAAUCAAGGACUUGUUGUCCGGGUUGAGUUAUAAUCAAUCAACACUUACCAUAACAGAAGCUUCAUACGAAGAAUUCCUUGAUAGAGUGCAUAUUACUGCAGAAAUACCACUCCGAAAAAUAAAUUCAUGGAAUGUUCCUCACCCAUGGCUAAAUCUUAUGAUCCCUAGAAGCAAAAUUCAAGCAUUCACUGAUGAGGUCUUUGGCAACAUUUUUGACCGUGCAACUAAUGGUCCUGUUAUAAUCUACCCAAUUAACACUGACAAGUGGAACAAAAACACAUCUUUUGUUAUCCCAGAUGAAAGUGAUAUAUACCUUGUAUCUAUCCUAGCAGCAGCAUUUCCAUCUCCUACGCAACAGGAUGACUUACAAAGAUUAUUAGAUCAAAAUAGAAGGAUUCUAGACUUCUGCGAGAGAGCUCAACUUACGGUAAAACAAUAUCUAGGAUAUCAAAACAACCAGGCUGAUUGGCAAAAACAUUUUGGUUCAUCUCGUUGGGACGUCUUCAAAAAGAGGAAAUCAGUUUAUGACCCAUUUGGAAUCCUUGCCCCUGGUCAAGGAAUCUUCCCAAGAUCCUCAGUGCCUAUCUCUUAA